AUGGUGACGGCAACGGUUAAUCACGAGCAAGAGCUUGCGCUGGCACCAGUCGAGACCAAUGCCACAGAGUACGUCCCGCCCGUACUAUCCAAAUGGCAGCGGCGUCUGAUCAUGUUCUCGCUCUGCUUGACCAUGUUUCUAGGCGCACUCGACAUCACGAUCAUCUCUACCGCGCUUCCUACUAUUGCACGAGAAAUCGGCGCAACUGCUCAACAGUACGCCUGGAUCAGCAGUGCCUUCACCUUGGCAAACACUGCUUCCACCCCCGUCUGGGCCAAAGCAUCAGACAUCUUUGGUCGACGGUGCAUCGUAAUUACAGGCGCAGUGUUUUUCAUGUCAGGAAGCUUGGUUUGCGCUCUGGCCAGAGAUGGCACAAUGCUCAUCGGUGGACGAGUGGUGCAAGGGUUGGGUGCAGGAUGCUCGUUGGUCAUGGUAACCAUCAUCAUUGGCGAUUUGUUCGCCUUGAAGGAUCGCGCAAAGUACUACGGCUUUACGGGUAUCGUCUGGGGUCUGGCGAGUGCAAUAGGCCCGGUUCUUGGUGGUGUGUUUGUCCAGACUAUUGGCUGGAGAUGGUGCUUCUACAUCAAUCUGCCCUUCGAUGGACUUGCAAUCCUCGUCCUCAUAUUCGUGCUCAAGGUCGACAUUGAGCGGGAACCCAUCCUGCACGGCCUGCGCACGCUCGACUGGGCUGGCUUUAUCUUGAUCAUCGGCGGAACGAUCCUCUUCCUGUACGGUCUAGAGCUUGGCGCAACAGAGGCGAAGCUGUGGUCCUCGCCCAUGGUCAUCUGCUUGAUGGUGUUCGGUCUCGCCCUCCUCGUCGCCUUCAUGGUCUGGGAAGCUCGCUUCGCCUCGAAACCCAUCAUUCCCGGGCGCAUCUUUUCCAAGUCGACCAACAUGGCCGCCUUCGUCCUCUCUUGCACUCACGCCUUCGUAUUCAUCUCGUACGACUUCUUCCUCCCGCUAUAUUCGCAGCUCAUUCUCGGCUUGACUCCGUUGAUCUCUGGUAUCACCCUGUUUGCGCUCAUCAUCCCGCUUUCCUGCAUGCCGAUGGCGGGCGCCGUGGUGAUUCGAAAGACAGGCAACUACGUCUAUAUCUGCUAUGUCGGGGCGGUCCUUAUGACGCUAGGAAGCGGGCUGUUUAUCAGCUUCAAACCCGAGCGAGAGUGGGCCAAGAUCAUCGUGUAUCAGGUCAUCACUGGCUUGGGUUCCGGCUUGCUCUUCCAGAGCCCCAUGAUUGCCCUGCAGAAUCACCUGCAUCAGCAGGACAUCGCAGCCGCCAUGUCAGCCUGGAACUUCCUGCGUAACCUUUGCACGUCGAUCUCGGUCGUCAUCGGCUCGGUGCUCAUCCAACACUCCCUACCCAAGGGCAGCAGCCUCACGUCUCUUCACUCGAGCCACACAGAGGGCGACGGACGUCAGAGAGAAGUCAGCGUCUCGAAAGCACAAUACAUGACUGGCUUGCGAAGCAUGUGGAUCUUCUACACCUCCCUCUGCGGACUCAUGAUCAUCGCUUCCCUCUUCAUCAAGCAGAAAUGGCCGUCCAAAAAGUCCGCAGAAGAAGCAAGCAUGGUUAGCACAAAGUCAGACAACAAAGACACGACCGCAGAGAAGGAUGGACAGGAGAAGGAAACUGCAUAA